CCGCCAAUGGGAGCGCGGCACUCACAGGGGCGCGGCGAGCCCCGCUGUCCGCGGCCACGCGCGGGAAGCCUUUGGGCCCGCGGAGCUGCCGUAGCCACCUCUCGAAAAUCACCCCAUUGAGAAAGCCAGAGCACUUCUGUACAGCCACAUUGUUAUCUGCAGGACCUACACAUCUCUGCACCUUAACUUUUGGCUGGAAGAACUGAGAGUCUUCUUGGAGUUUCCAAAUUUUAUGAGGUACAGGUCAGCAAGCCUUUGCCCACGCUGGAUGCCAGGCGGAGACCUGCUAGGCAGAGACCUGCGAGUGAGGCUGUGGGCGCUGGGGGAACUCGCAGCCCGCGCAUCCAUGUCAGGAGAUGCCCUUGGCGCCAGGCUGCUCGGUGCCACCUGGCCUGCAGGCCUCGCGCCGGCACCAGGCCGAUGCGACCCAACGCGGCGAUACAGGAAGCCCAGCUUCCUCAGCCCAAGAGGAGGAGAGGCCGGCAGGGCUCCCGCCCACGGGCGGCGCCUCCUCCCCCAGCUCUCCCUCCCGUGGGCCUCGUCGGCCGCCGUCCUCCCGCACCAGGUGAACGCGUAUCCCUCCGCGGCGGCCGCCCCCAGCGCCAGGCUCGCAGCUCCGCAGUCCCCGGAUGGAAACUGUUAUGGCCGCCAACGGCGACCCGCCGGGCCAUGGAGAAGGGCGAGACCACUUUUCAGUAUUCCUCCUGACUGUGGCCUUUUCUGAGUCUCACCCCUACUAUUUGUGUGGAAAAAUGUCUAAAAGGCUGUUGAAGAAUUGAAGUCAUUUUUCUAAUUGAGAGAAUAAAAUGGGAAAGUUGUAGAACACUGAAGAUUACUCAGCACAAUAAACUUGUUUACUACAGGAAAUAAGCCUAAUCUGAAGAACUCACUUGAGGAAGAAUAAUACAAAUGAAAUCAUGCCAUCCGAACAGGACCAGUUUUCUCGUGAUAAAAAGCAAAUUAAUUUGUUAAAACAUGAUGCUGCAAAUAAUCUUUGUACGGAUACUAGUUUGGAAAAUGCACUAGUGAAUGACCCUUUAAAUAUGACUACUCGACCAGCAGUUUUGGAUGUAAGUUUCUCCUGUGAACUGAAAAAUGUAAAAAUUGAUUUACCCAAGGUGAACAUUCCAAAUGAAGUAUUAAUGAAACAUGAAAUUGAUAAAUUCAGAAAACUAUUUCAGUGUAAACAGCAAACUGCAAGGAAGUCCUUAACUCUGGAGAAAGUAAACGUAAGCAAUCUUGACUGUUCAGGGGGAAGCCAUGUACGGAAUAAAACAGAAGUGCAAUUUGGAAAAGGGCUGAAAACUGUGGCUAAGAUACUGCAUUUCACUUGUACAAAGUGUGAGGACAAUGUUAGAUACAGCCCAAAUGAUCUACAAAAACAUUUUCAGCUGUUACACUCUGGAGAGUUGCCUGUGUAUCCUUGUGAAAUGUGUAACUUCUCAGCUAAUGACUUUCAGGCUUUUAAUCAGCAUAGACUCACCCAUCGCAGCACUUUAGUAAAGUGUGAGCUCUGUCUUGAUGAGCAGAUGUACACUUUGUUGGAUUUGACAAAGCAUUUUACAUCAAAGCACUGUGUAAAUGGUCACUUCCAAUGUGAAAAGUGUGGGUUUUCCACUCAAGAUGUGGGCACAUUUGUUCAGCACAUUCACAGACAUAAUGGGAUUACAUAUGAAUGUGGCAAAUGUCAUCAUAUAAGCUAUACAGAAGAGGAAUUCCAGAGACAUCAUCUUGUCCAUAGCGGUCUGAUUCCUUUUAGAUGUCAGUUUUGCAAUUACAGCACACCACGGAAAGAUUAUAUUUUAAGACACCUUAUAGCUGUGCAUAGAGAUCAUUUAUGUACAAAAGAAAAACUGGAAAGGGAUAAAUGUGAAAAAAGAACACUGAAGACUCCAGCAGCACUAAAGCUUGUGUUAAGAAGGUAUAAAACGGGAACAUCGAAAAAGCCUCUUUGGAGGCGAAAAAAAAUAAUUGGUGGAAGUGACAAAACUGGAGAAAAAAAUUCACAAGUGCUAAGAAUUGUGAACAAAAUUCAACCAAAAUUGGAUGAGUUCAACCAGUAUAUGAAAGUUGUGGAAGCAAAUGAAGAAAAGGAUCAAAUUACAUAUACUGAAAAGAAUUUCACAGGUGCAAUGCAUGCUGCUACUACUGCACAGUAUAAUAAAGCAGAGGAUGGAACACGUUUCAGCCUUGGAUCAUUGAAAAAUACUGUUCAUGGGCCUGCAGUAUUGAUGAUCAAAAACAAUAAAAUAUCUGUACCAGCAAAUUACAGUGCUAAAUUUAUGGGAUUUAAAAUUGUAGAUGGGAAACAACAUAUUGUUAUAAAAUUAUUACCUACGAAUAAGCAAAACUUGCAUUUGUUGGGUCAGAAAGCCGAUCCUAUUAAAGAUUGCUCUACAUCUCCUUUGCCACAGACUGCUGAUCCUUGUAGUUUGUCUUCAGGUGCUAUACCCCGUGUAACUGAUCAGUCAACCUUUAAGAACAAUUCCAUUCACCCAUUAACUUCUGUGUUUUUUUCUGCUCCUCAUUCAGGAAAAGCAAAAGUGGAAAAACAAAAUAACUCUUUAUUGUAUGGUAGGAGUGUUUCUCAAACUGUAGCACCUUCUCAUGUAGCUGUAGGAAAAAAUUCAUGUAAUUUGCCAAUGAAGUUGAACUCUCCUGUAUCUCCAUGUGAUGAGGUGACAAAAAUUGGAACUCAAAGUAAUAUCUCAUGGAGAAAUUAUGGUCCUUCAAGUCAUCCUCAGGUAUUAUCACCUCCUGUUACGAAUACACUAUGCUGUGACCCUUGGAAAAUACCCUUCUUUCCUGAACUGAAAAUACAAAAUGGUGGCCUGAACAAUAAUCACAGAACUAACAAUCUGUAUUAUUCACCUUCCGUUGAUUCUUCUAAUGAAGGAUUGCUGUCUUUUCAUAAUUAUUCUAAAAUGGACACUUUGGAUAAUCAGUGUAGCGUUUGGAUGUCAACAGAUGACAAAUCUAAAGAAUUUAUAUCCAGCCAAACAGUUAAUUUUCAGAAGAGUGAUGAGUCUGCAAGUUCAUAUUCAGACUCAGUCAAAGACUUAAAACUGGAGAACACUGUAUCAGCCCAAUCAAAUAUUAAAACUUAUGGACACAUAAACACUAAGAAUAAUGGUAUGUCUCUUAACAGACAAUCUAAAUUUGUUAUUGACAGGGAAUAUUUUGUGGAAGACCAGCAUAAUGGUCAACAAUAUUUGGAUACUAAUUUGCAUCAAGACUUCACAAGCAAAGCUGGGGAAUUCCCAGAAAGUGGAUCUGAUUGUGUUAAUUCAGUUCUAAUGCCCAAAAUCAUGUCUGUUUUCUCACUGCAGAGUGAACAGGCAGCUAAUUAUUUAUCACCUGAAAUAAACCAAUUACUACAAGAUGUGUUAAAAGUGAAAGCAACUCCUCAGCAAGAAUCCCACAGCAAGUUGAAUAACUGUGUAGAACUUCAUUCUGACAAGCUGCUUUCCAGUCAAGAGAAAGGGAAUAGAGCCUUUACACAUUUAAAAAACUCAGCAACCACAUGUAGUUUUCCAAGGCCUUCUACUAACGCUGACUUUCAUUUAUGUAAGAGGGAAUUGAAUACAAGAUGUAGCACACGUGGAGGUUUGCAUUGUGGAGAAGAGAGAAAGACACCCAGAACAUACCUUGAUUCCCAGGGAAUGGAUGUGUUAUGCAGAACUGCAGAUGGUGCUUUGCUUAAAGAUGAUACAGAUGCAUUUGUAACAGAGCGACUGGUAAAAGAUAAAAUGCAGUCUACAACUUCAGAUCCUACCAGCUUUUCACCAAUCCUUCGGGAACAGAAGAAAACUGUUUUAGUUCAGCCACCUCCAUCAAGAUUUUUUGUUCCUUUGCACCUUGCUAACCAGCCUGGACUACAGGUUGUUUCAGGAAAAUCUCUUUUGUCAACCAGUUCAUCAGAUGAUCAUGCAACGAAACCUACGUCUUUUGCUAUAAAUAAAGGACCUGGAAUGAUUCUGACUUUUAGUGGGUCAAUUGGAGCGGUUGCAAAUGUCCCUAGUGAUAGUUCUCAGGUUUUAGGCAGAGUUGCAUCCAGAGAAUAUGGUAAAAUAACCAUACCAGCUUCAAAAGCGGAUGGGAAGCAUGACAGUUUCAGGAGUGUAAGAAGUUGCUGUAAGAGGAGAACAUAUAGUACAGCAAAUGACUCAUUAAAUAGCAUGUCAUCCAAAGGACCACUUGUAAUUACAAACUUAUCGGAGUCAUCUGUAAAAAGAACUUCUGUGAAAGCAUUAUCAGAGCAUAAGGAUGUUGUCUUUGGUUCAGAAGAGUCAACAGAACAACAGGAGAUGAAAGAGAAACAGCAUGUUUAUGCAUUUUUGCCUGAUGGACAGCAGGCAGUUUUUCUGAAAUGCAUGACACCAAACAAGCCUGUAGUACAUAAACGUAGUGUUUUUCGGGAUAAUGCUCAUUAUCAAAAUUGUCAACCAAAGAAAACUGGAGUCAUGCAACAAAAGCUUUUGCUGAAAAUUAAGACUUCAGAUAUGCUGGCUGAAACAAACCAGUCAGUAAACAACUCAGUGCCCUCAGUACAGUCGGGCAGCUUACAGUCCCUUACUCCUGCACUAGCGCAGAAACAGACUGAUCUUACUUCUAAUGAUGCCUUAAUCUUACCGGGUAGGUUAAUGCCAGCAAAUGCCUCUUCGGCGAGUUCUAAUCCAGUGUGUUGUAUUCCUUCUGUAGAACCUGUGUAUUCUACCAGAACUGCAGGGUCAUGGUUGCAAAAAGGUUUUGUUGAGAGUACACAAAUAAUAACUGCUAACAGGAAUAACUUUUGUAGUCAGAAGUCCUCAUGGAGCACCCAAAACAGAAUUGCUAAAGGAAAACCUCGUUUAAAACAGAGUGAGCCUAAGAAUUCAGAAACUGUAGUUUUGCAAAGAAGCAAGAAUUUCAAACGGAAAAAUAAGGAUAACUGCAAAGAACCUCCAAGAAAGAAAGUAGUGUUGCACAGAAAGUGUAAGGAAAAGAAUCGAGGUGAAGUCGUUAGUGAAUCAGGUGGCCAAUACAGACAAAGAGCAUCAAAAGAUACUGUGAGGACUUUGAAACUACUUCCUUUUAAUUCUAAACAGCUUGUAAAAUGCCCUCGGAGAAAUCAGCCAGUUGUUGUUCUUAACCAUCCUGACGCUGAUGUUCCAGAAGUUGUAAAUGUAAUGAAAACCGUUGCUAAAUUUAAGGGACAUGUUCUUAAGGUUUCAUUGUCAAAAAGAACUAUUGAAGCUUUGGAGCCAGCUUUCUGCAAUCAUUUGGACAUAACUACUGAUAAUCUUUUUCAAAAGAGGCACAGGACAAUAAAACCUAUUAGCCCUGUAAAAGAAAGGUUUGUGUUAAAAUUGACACUGAAAAAGACUAGCAAAAACAAUUACCAGAUUGUGAAAACUACCUCCGAUAAUACCUUGAAAGCUAAGUUUAGCUGCUGGUUUUGUGGUAGAAUAUUUGACAAUCAGGAUAAUUGGGUAGGACAUGGACAGAGGCAUCUGAUGGAGGCUACUCGAGACUGGAAUUUGUUAGUGUAAUGAUGACCCAUACCAAUAAAAUAUCAUGCAUUGGGCCUUUUUAGAAAGAGAUUCAAAUUGAAUUAUGAUACACAGAUUGUUUUGUAUUUCAGUAUUGUAACAAGUUUAAAAAGUAAAGCAAAGUGCUUGUGUUUUAAAAGGAAAAGCAGAUUCUCUGUUGCCAUCAAGCUUUUAGAAAGAUUGAGGAACUUUGUGGUUUAGGUAACUUGUAACUAACUGCAAAUACAAUUCCAUACAAAUAUAUAUUAUUUUUUGUUACUACUAUCCUGUCCUAUAUUUUUAUUCUAUGAAAUGAGUUUUCAGGGCUUUUGUUCUGUACAUAUUUUAAAAGAUCUAAACUUGUAAAUAUUUUUAUACUUUUCAGCUAUUUGGUAUAAUUCUUGCACAGAAAUUAUUCCUUCCCCAUCACCUUUUUUUUUCUUUUUUUCUUUUUUUCUUUUUUUUUUUUUUUUUUCAGAUCUGUGCAUGCACUACUAAAAACAAUUUGAAAGAAAAAAAAAUUCAGCUACACACAACUGUUCUCCAGGGGUUUUUUGUUGUUAUUUUCACUUGUUAACUCCUGAUUUUGUUUUUCAGGGAUUGAACACUAUUUUUAGCAAGUGCCUAGAAGAUGUGAAGCAGUUAACAUUAUGUCAACUGUGUAACCAUAGGUCCAAACAGGGCCAUUUCCCCAAUAAUUUCAUUUAAACGAAGCCAUAUGUGAAUGCUUUAAGCUAUAUUGCUAUGCACAUGACACUUGUACUAUUUCUCUGCAGUUUGUCUACUUUCUUAGUGAAGUAUUUUUCAUAUAAAUUAAUAAAAUGUUACAAUUGUGUUAAUACA